GCGAGCCAGGCGGCGGGGAGAACCGGGGACCCGCGUGCACCGGGCAGGAGGAGGAGAAACAGGAGUGGGGAGGAGGAGAAGGGGUUGGAGGACGAGGCCACCUGCCCCGCCGCGCUUUAGCGCAGGGCCUCGGCCUCCCCUAGGCGACAGACCUUGGCUAGCCCAGGCUGGACCUCGGUUUCGCUCCACCGGCUGGGACCCACCGGGCCCCUGCACGCGGCACGGAACUCCGGCGAGCACGCGCGCACGCGCCCGUGGCGCAGGGAGCGCGGCUGGCAGCGGGGCCGAACCGGGAGCUCCGCCUCUCGGCUGCGCACUUCGUCGGGCGACUCCGCGAACCCCGGGACUGACACUGUGCGCGCCCCUGAAGCGAUGCAGAGUCCCAGAGCCUCUGAAAUGCGGUACUUCCCUCCAUACCUCCUGGAAUUCUGAAGGGGUGCAGACAUGGCAGGCAAUGCGGCAGACAGCGCUAACCACCUGCCCUACUUUUUUGGCAACAUCACCCGGGAAGAAGCUGAGGACUACCUGGUCCAGGGAGGCAUGACCGAUGGGCUCUACCUGCUGCGCCAAAGUCGCAAUUACUUGGGUGGUUUCGCCUUGUCGGUAGCACACAACAGGAAGGCACACCACUACACCAUCGAGAGGGAACUUAAUGGCACCUAUGCCAUCUCCGGCGGCAGGACCCAUGCCAGCCCUGCGGACCUCUGCCACUACCACUCCCAGGAACCUGAUGGCCUCAUCUGCCUCCUCAAAAAGCCCUUCAACCGGCCACCGGGGGUACAACCCAAGACCGGACCCUUUGAGGACCUGAAGGAGAACCUCAUCCGGGAAUAUGUGAAGCAGACAUGGAACCUUCAGGGCCAGGCUCUGGAACAAGCCAUCAUCAGCCAGAAGCCCCAGCUGGAGAAGCUGAUCGCCACCACUGCCCAUGAGAAGAUGCCCUGGUUCCAUGGCAACAUCUCCAGAGAUGAGUCAGAGCAGACAGUCCUCAUAGGAUCAAAGAUCAACGGAAAAUUCCUGAUCAGGGCCCGAGACAACAAUGGCUCCUUCGCGCUGUGCCUACUGCAUGAAGGGAAAGUUUUGCAUUACCGCAUCGACAAGGACAAGACAGGGAAGCUCUCCAUCCCCGAGGGGAAGAAGUUCGACACCCUCUGGCAGCUAGUGGAACAUUACUCUUACAAGCCGGAUGGGCUGUUAAGAGUCCUCACUGUACCAUGUCAGAAGAUCGGUGCACAGAUAGGUCCCCCGCCAAUUUCAAAUGCUCACCCUGUGACUUGGUCACCUGGUGGAAUAAUCUCAAGAAUCAAAUCCUACUCCUUCCCAAAGCCUGGCAAAAAGACUGCCACACCCCAAGGGAGUCGUCCUGAGAGUACCGUGACCUUCAACCCCUAUGAGCCAACAGGAGGGUCCUGGGCCCCGGACAGAGGCCUUCAGAGAGAGGCCCUGCCCAUGGACACAGAGGUGUAUGAGAGCCCUUACGCUGACCCUGAAGAGAUCCGGCCCAAAGAGGUUUACCUAGACAGAAGCUUGCUAACCCUGGAGGACAAUGAACUGGGCUCUGGUAACUUCGGGACCGUGAAAAAGGGAUACUACCAAAUGAAAAAAGUUGUGAAGACAGUGGCUGUGAAAAUCUUGAAGAAUGAGGCCAACGACCCCGCUCUGAAGGAUGAGCUGUUAGCAGAGGCAAACGUCAUGCAGCAGCUGGACAACCCGUACAUUGUGCGCAUGAUCGGAAUCUGCGAGGCCGAGUCCUGGAUGCUAGUGAUGGAGAUGGCGGAGCUGGGGCCCCUCAACAAGUACCUGCAGCAGAACAGGCACAUCAAGGAUAAGAACAUCAUCGAGUUGGUUCAUCAGGUUUCCAUGGGAAUGAAGUAUUUGGAAGAGUCCAAUUUCGUGCACAGAGAUCUGGCUGCAAGGAAUGUGCUUCUGGUCACCCAACAUUAUGCCAAGAUCAGCGAUUUCGGUCUUUCCAAAGCCCUUCGUGCGGACGAAAACUACUACAAGGCCCAGACCCAUGGGAAGUGGCCCGUGAAGUGGUAUGCCCCAGAAUGCAUCAACUACUACAAGUUCUCCAGCAAGAGUGAUGUCUGGAGCUUCGGAGUCCUGAUGUGGGAAGCGUUCUCCUACGGGCAGAAGCCUUAUCGGGGGAUGAAGGGGAGCGAGGUGAGCACCAUGCUGGAGAAAGGGGAGCGUAUGGGGUGCCCUCCAGGAUGCCCCCGAGAGAUGUACGACUUAAUGAACCUUUGCUGGACCUAUGAGGUAGAGAACAGGCCGGGAUUCACAGCUGUGGAGCUGCGGCUUCGCAAUUACUACUACGAUGUGGUUAACUAACAGCUCUGGCGCCUGUCAUCGGCCGCCUUGGAUCCUCAAGCGAUUACAGAAACUUCAUUCAGAUGAACUGGCUUCCAGAGUUUCAUCUCCCUCUGCCCAGGGAGAGAGCUAAGAAAAGUUAGGACUUACCUUCACAGCCGGUCUGGUCCCCAAAACAGAGCAGCGGUCAAUCCUCAGGGCCCAUGGGUUCAUCUGUCUGUUUCUUGUUGCCAUCUGUGUGGUUGAAUUUCGUUAUGGCCACAGUCGGGAACUGUUUCCAAAUCAUCUUCGCACCGUCCUGUUCCUCUGGGUCCGGGACUGCAAUGUUCCCCUGAAGAUCGGAAAAGUGCCCCGAGGCCUAAGCGAAGGAAAUACAGAGAAAACUCAGCACUGCAGCUGGCAAUCACACAGUCGCAUAAGGAAAGCAACACGCCUGGACCCUGGUUUUGCUCUCACGCUGGAGACAAGAAAUACCACACGCAUGGGACACACCGACUUGGCCGACCUGGCCCUGGUGUCUGCCUGCCUUCCUGCAGAAUGACUUGAAGUCUGUCCUUGUGUGCUUGCCGAGGGAGACAGCCAGGAUCCCUUCUGAGUUCGUGAUGGCAUCCGCGUCUCUUAGGUUCUUUUCUCGUUGCUGCCACAAAAGACCUGACAGACAAAUUUAAGGGAGGAGGGGUCGGUUUGGGCUCACAGUGGGGAAAGGCCAUCAUGGUUGAAAAGACAUUACACCUGGAAGGAAAGACUUGGUGGCCUGAGCAGGAAGGUCACCUGGCAUCCUCACUCAGGAAGCAGAGAAUGAACAGGAAGUAGAAUCAGGCUACAAGGCCCCAAAGCCACCACCACCCCAGUGACCCACUUCCUUCACCAAGAUCCCGCCUCCCAAAGGCUCCACAAGCUUCCUAGGCAGUGAGUGCCACCAGCUGAGGCCAGGCGUUCAGACAUGUGAGCCUUGGGGAGUGGGGGGAGGCAUUUCACAUUCAAGCCACAACAGGAUCCAUCCAUUUCCUGUUGCUAUAACUGAACACCUAGAAGGGCCAUGGACAAAGAAGAGAAAGGUAUCUGUGAGAUGUGUGUGUCCCUUCUGAACUUCCACCCGUGAGGUGCGGCAUGAGGCAGGGGCCUUCCUGACAGAGCAGGUGAGCCGUCUCAGCUGCCCUCCUCUUAGGAAAGCCCGGAUCCCAUCCUAGGGUCCCCCUCAGGACCCCACCUCAUGCCCCAGAGGCCCCAUCUCCAAACACCGUGCCAGUGAAUCUGGGUACUGAACCUUCAAAUAUGGGCCCUGAGGGGACACGUUCAUACUGGAGGAGCAGAGGGCAACAUGGUGCCCAAGACCCUCUCGUGAUGAGUUCCUGAAUGUAAUUUUAAUCCACAAUAAAACCAGAGAUUUGAUCUUCUCCACAAGAAAGCCUGGCUAAGUACAAUUCUGAGCUGAGAACAUGUGACCCGAGAUUGUCACUCUGUCCUCCUUAUGCGUGGCUUGCUGUUUGAUCGUACACAAGGUGUCACCCAUUCUUAGCACUUUCUCUGAGGACCCUAAAAUUACAAAGGCUGCACAGUCUUCAUUCUGUGUCUGCGAAUAUACACAAAUGCCAUCUCCACCUCCGAGACACUGUGACAUAAACAGGCAGGGUUGGUGCGGGAAGCCCCACUGGGGGUGGGUGAGGGAUGGAGAGGACACCACCAGUGCCUUUCAGACUAUGGAUGCAAUAAACUUAGGCAGGAGCCUCUUAAAGGAUCGCUAAGAAGUGCUUAGAAGCCGGCACUGUUUGGAAUUAUGCUGACAGCCGAUUGUCUUGUUAAAGAGGGAAUCCCUGCAUGCUGGGCUCACUGAGCAGACCCACAGAACACAGAAUUGCUGAUGAAGUCCCAUGGGUCAGGCCACCUGCAGAUAGAGUUAGGAAAGGAAGAAGCCGAAGUAUUGAUUAUGGAGACAGGACCCUCUGAACCAUGUCCAAGCAAGUUCUCUGCUUUCGCCCUCCCCUACCCCCAGGGUGAGGCUAUAAAAAAAAGUCAGCACGCAGGUUGGGGAGCACACAGGUGAGAAUGCUGUAGAAGUCUCUGGAUUCCUUCUGGCCUCCCUAGGAAUGUCUCUCCUUUCCAGGGGUUUGGGCCUGACCAUUGUCUAGAUAGGACUGAGCAGGAUGGAGGCAGAGGCUUUGCCUUCCUCUAAGCCGAAACAGGCUCUCGUGUGCAGAAGUUGCACUGUAGCCAGUGUUCAACACUCUCAUCUGGUGAAAACCGUGUCUUGCUGUCAAGAUUAAUUCUCCCCCCUGGGGCCACAGAGGCAGGCAGACAGGGAGAAGUUCCUCCCUGGAUGAUUUAGACUGCAUGGAUACACAAAAUUUGCAAGGUCAGGAACCAGCCAAGGUCCUUGGCUGGGCCUCUUUUCACAAGCUUCCUCUGAUGACUGCAACCCCUUCCGCCUGGCAGCUGGGCUCAGUGCGUGCCUUUUACCUAUGACCCUUUGCCAACAGAGGACAAGGAGCCUCCCAAGCUGCCUUGCUGCACCCCGCUGACCACAAAUACCAGAUACCUCAUAUGGAACUGACUGUCUCUCCAGUAAACACCCAAUCCGGCUAAUCGUUCAAAUGGUCUGUGUGUGUACCGGGACAUGUCCUCCCUGCACCCAGCCCUGCUUUGCGUGCCAGACAGUGACUCCACAGGGCUGCCAGCCCUUAUGAUUGCAAUGCUCCCUGCAGAGCGAAGCCCUGUUGUCAGUGCCAGCAAGCGUCCCGGGAGCAGCACAGAAUGUUUCCUGUUUAUUUCAGAAAUUGUUUUGAAUAAAGAUCUACUAUUAGUUUUGCAACAACUUU